AUGCGGCGCAGUCUUUUGAUUUUUCUCCUGAUCAACCUUGUCAUUCUCAUUCUCCUGGCUCGCAGUGUGUCGACGUUGCUAUCGCUGCUCUUCGAAGAUGCCGCUGCUGACGCGAUUCACCGCGCCGAGUUGCCGUCACCAAACUCCAGUUUUGCCGAACAACUCCCCCAGAUCAUCCCUAAGAUAAUCCAUCAGACCUAUAAAAAUGAGACCAUUCCUGAGAGAUGGGUUAAUGCCCAGCAAAGUUGCAUUGAUAUGCACCCGGACUACGAGUAUAUUCUGUGGACCGAUGAAAAGUCGCGCGACUUCAUCGCCGCCGAAUACCCCUGGUUCCUGGAGACCUUUGAUGGCUAUAAAUACCCCAUCCAGCGCGCAGAUUCGAUCCGUUAUUUCAUUCUGGCCCACUAUGGUGGAACUUAUAUUGACUUGGACGAUGGCUGCAAUCGUCGCUUGGAUCCUUUGCUCGCUUAUCCCGCGUGGGUGCGCCGCACUGUACCCACCGGUAUCUCCAACAAUGUAAUGGGCUCGGUGCCUCAGCACCCUUUCUUCCUGCGCGUAAUCCAAAUGCUCCAGCAGCAUGACCACCACUGGGUCCUCCCCUACAUCACCAUUAUGUACUCGACUGGGCCCUUAUUCUUAUCCGUGAUCUGGAAAGAGUAUAUACAAGACCACAUAUCCGAGAUGAGCCGUGUCCGCAUUCUGAUGCAGGAAGAGUACCAGGAGUACUCCUGGAGUUUCUUCACCCACCACCUUGGAAACAGCUGGCACGGCAAGGACGCGCAUUUGAUUUUCUGGAUGGGCCAACACUGGAUGUUCCUCACCUUCUGUGGCUUCCUCCUCGCCGCCUUCGCCGGUUUCUGUCUCUUCUGGACUUAUAAUAGAAUCACGCUUCUAAGGACCCAGAAUCACUACCGCUACACCAAAGUGCCUUCGACUACCAGCGUUGCGAUGGGCUCGGGCGAAUGCUAA